AUGCGGCUCACGGCGUCCCCCCUGCCCCUCCUGCCCCUCCUCUCCCUCGCAGCCCUGGCCGCAGCAAAGUCCGCCACCGGCGACCGUGUCCUCGUCGUCCUCGAGUCCGCAGUUGCCAGAGACGACUACUCUCAUUUCUGGGCAUCCCUAGAGCAGCGAGGGUUUCAGCUCACAUUUAGAGACACAAAGGCUAGAGACGCCGAGCUCAUCAAGUAUGGUGAAGCGCAGUAUGACCACUUGAUCCUCUUUGCACCCUCAUCAAAAAGCAACGCUAACAACCUUGUAGCAAUUGCCCCAGGAUUUGCUCCCAAGGCGGCCCUCGAAGCUCAGCUCAAGGGCCUCAACACUCUCUACCUCCUGUCGUCCGACAUUCCCGAAUCCCAACGCGAGUUCUUUAGAGAAUACGACCUCGAAUUCGUCUCUCCUGAAAACACCCUCAUCGACGCCUUUGCUCAUCCCUCAGACCAAAGCCUCUCUACCGUCCUCCUCUCCCCCACGGAAACCGCCAUCCGAAAUGGCCCGAUCCUCUCCAACUCUACCCUCACCGGCGGACCCAUCAUCUUCCCUCAGGGCACUGUCCACACUACUGGACAGAACCCCUACCUGAUCGACGUCCUCCACGCUCCCAAGACUGCCUACAUUGGACAAGUCAAGGCCGUUACUGGAGACGAGGCCGAGGUAGAGAAGGCUGUUGGCGGAAAGAAGGGCAAGGAUGCGUUGCAGACUGGAAAGAAGGCCACGUUGGUCAGUGCUUUGCAGACCAGGGACAAUGCCCGAGCUGGUUUCGUGGGCAGCGGUGCUUUGUUGAGUGACAAGUACUGGGGCAAGACUGUCAAGACCCUCGAUGGCAAGACUGUUGAGACUGGUAACGCUGCUUUCGCGACCGACUUUACCAAAUGGGUCUUCCAGGAGACUGGUGUCGUCAAGAUUGUCUCUUCAACCCACUGUCGUGAAGGAGAGUCUGAGCCCCGAACAUUGUACACCAAGAAGGACGAUAUUACCUACUCCCUUACUCUUGCCCAACACGCCACUCUCCCCGACGGCACCACCGCUUGGAGCCCGUUCCUCGCCGACGACAUUCAGAUGGAUUUCACCAUGCUCGACCCCUUUAUCCGCACCGCUAUGGUCGAGGACAAGAAUACCACAUCUGCCGAGUCUACGACUUAUCAGGCUAGGUUCAUCGCUCCUGAUAGGCACGGUGUCUUCAAGUUUGUCGUUGAAUACUGGAGGCCAGGAUGGAGCUACAUCCGCACUUCGACAACCGCCUCUGUCGUCCCGCUCCGACACGACCAGUAUCCCCGGUUCAUUACUGGCGCCUGGCCCUACUACAUUGCUGCCAUCAGCACUAGUGUCACUUUCUUGGCGUUCUGCGCUAUCUGGGUGUCGCUCGGUGAAGCCGACAGGGAUGUAAAGGGGAAGAAGAAGGCCGAGUAG